AUGCAGGAACAGCUGAUGUUGCAUAAACAGGCAAAGAUGUUGGGUCCAUUUGGCUGGGAUAAAUACCGGGCAUUGAUGUAUAUGCAGUCCCGGCUCCCGAGUUCAGCGGUUGGACCAGCGGCUCUUGCCAAGUUGUCUGGGCAGCUGCUGAGAGAGCCGGGACUUUCUGGGAAUAAGGGGGAGACUGUCUGGAAGCGUCAAGAUGUCAAGGGUUACAACAUAAGACGGAAGGGUAAAAAGGGCAAAAUACAAAUUGCGGAAGAGAAGAUACCAGAUGCGGAUCUCGAUGACCCGAGAUUUUCAGCCCUCUUCACUUCCUCUCUGUUUGCUUUAGACCCUACAGAUCCUCAGUUCAAAAGGAGUGCGGCUUAUGCUAGGCAACUCUCUCAGAAGCAGAAUGGUGACCAGAGAAGCUCAAAGCAGGCAACGGCUAAAUCAGAUGACACUGCAAAAUCAGGUGCCUUGGACUCUAAGAAAGAGAAACAUGAUUUGUCUUCAGCAAUCAGAUCGGUUAAGAUGAAAAUCCAGCAGAAAGACACAGAGAAAAAGCAAGGAAAGAAGCCGGAAUCAUCUGCAUUGGUUCAGCGGAUUAAGAAGAAAGCCAAAGCUAUGGCAAAAUGAGAGGGAGGAAGACAUGGUUUCUGUAAGCUGUAGCGAAUAAGGUUAAUAGAUUCUCAAUUCAUAUUGGGGAAGAAUGUCUCUGCCCGUAAUUGCCAAAGAGAUUUUUGUUAUGUCUCGUCUUUUUGGUCGAACACACUAUACAUAAUGAGCAUGUUUCGAUAUGCCAAUA